AUGCCUCCCACACCCCGCCCCUUAACCCUCAUCGUCGCUACCACCCCCAUCCCAACCCCAAUCACCACCCCCACCAGCACCACCGAGAGCAGCAGCAGCAGCAGCAGCAGCAGCACCCCAAUCCGCCUGGGCAUCGGCCACUCCGGCACGCUCCCCUGGCCACGAAUCAAAACCGACAUGUCAUUCUUCGCGCGGGUGACCUCCCGCCCGCCAGUCCCCGGAACCACCAACGCGAUAAUAAUGGGGCGGAAGACGUACGAUUCCGUGCCGGCGCCUCUGCGUCCGCUGGCGAAACGCAUUAGCACGAUCAUUACACGGGAUGUGGAGGGGUUGAAACCUAGGGUGGCGAGGGAGGUUGAGGGUCGGAAAGCUAAGUUGGCUGCGUCUGCGUCUGCUGCUGCAUCUACAUCUGGGGGUAAUGGUAAUGCUGCGCAGCAGCAGCCUGCUACGGAUGCGAUCGUGUGCGGGGGAUUGGAUGAGGCGCUGCAGGAGCUGGAGACGAGGUAUGGAGAUGAAGGGAAACUAGGCAAGGUGUUUGUGAUUGGUGGGGCGGAGAUAUAUGGGGCUGUUUUGGGUGCUGCGAAAGGAGGGCCGGGGCCGGUGAGGAUUGUGAUGACGAAUGUGGAGAAGAAGGGGUAUGCGGAGGGGGAUCGGGGGGAGGUGUUUGAGUGUGAUACGUUUUUCCCGGUGGAUGAGGAGUUGUUUGGGGAGAAGGAGGGGUGGAGGAGGGUUACGCCGGAGGAGGUUACGGAGUGGGUUGGGGAGGAGGUUACGGGGAGGUGGAUUGAGGAGGGGGAUGUUAGGGUGCAGAUGGUGGGGUAUGAACGUCAAUAG